AUGUUGAUUAAGAAAUUAACAGUUAGUAAUAAAGAAAUUAUUCACACGAAAAUUGGCAAUGAAUAUCUCAAUUCAAAAUAUUUACCAGAUUUAUACGGUACAACGAACUUCGAAAAGGUCGCGAAAGUCAUAUCCAACGAUGACUAUACAGUAGUCGAAGCAACUACAAAUGAGAGACUUCGACUAAUUUGCGGGCUGAAGCCAAGAAAUCAGAUGCCAGCAGUUCGGUGGUUCUUUGACGGUAAACCAAUUGAAAAUCAGGGAAAAAACCGGCUUAUGCAACAAAGACAAUGGUUAAGGAUAAAAGGGUUUCGUGCUAAAGAUGCCGGAGUAUACGCUUGUCAAAAUGAAGAAGACGAAAGUAAAGAAAUUAGUGUUACAAUUAAACAUAAACCCGAAAUCGAUGCUGAUAUUGAAGAAUAUCAAUCAGACGAUGUACAGCGACCCAUGCCAGAAAUACUAUCUCAACACUCAGCGCAGUUAGUCGAAAACAACACUAUAGACGAAACACACAAAGAAUACGACGCCAAAGACGACGACCCUGAUGAAAGAAAUGAAAAGGAGCAUCUGAAUUAUGGUCAUGUUGAUAAUACGAAGUCUAAGUACGAGCCGAAGUUCAAACAUCCACUGAAAAUGUAUAAUAUGGAAAUGAAGCCAGCAGGCAGUUCUAUUCGGUUCAAAUGCGCUGCUGAAGGUAAUCCUAUGCCCAACAUAACGUGGUAUAAAAAUAAUGUUACACCAAUAUCGAGAAGUUACUUCAAACCAUCUUAUGGUAAAUGGUUGAUGUCGUUGGACGAAUUAACCAAAGCUGAUAAUGGAAAUUACACUUGCAAAGUGUGCAAUGAAUUGGGAUGUAUUCAACAUGUUUAUACACUUCAAAUACAAGAGCGCUAUCCUUCAAGUCCCUACAUAAAAGAAGGAUAUCCAGGGAACAUUACGGUCCUAGUGAAUGACACAGUACAGCUCCAGUGUCCACCGGUAUCUGACUUAGAACCAUUGGUGUACUGGAUAAGACCAUUUAACACUUCAUUGAAAGACGCUGAAGUCGGACCAAGCGACUCGCCACCUCCAGUCGGAGAUCGAAUAGAGGUCUUUGAUUAUGUUCUGGUGGUGGAAUUUUGGUUUCAUUUGUCCAUAGAGCAUCUAUACGCAAAACCUGUGUUGACGCAAGCAGCAGUUAAUCAAACGAAACUUGUUGGACAAACAGCGAAAUUCAGUUGCGAAUUUCUCUCAGACCUACAUCCAUCUGUUUACUGGAUGUAUUUUAACACACACGAAUAUAUUUAUAAUGUCUCAUCGUCGGAUGCUGGUAGUAAAGAGCCAGUUGUGUACAGAGAUGUUUCUAGAGUUGUUAUGACUGAGAACCCAGAAGAUUUGCCCGAACAGUUGACAAUAUACAACGUUACGAAAGAAGACGAGGGGUGGUACGUCUGUGUAGCUCUCAACUCUUUGGGAAACACGACUGCGAAGGGCUACUUAACAGUUUUAGAUUCGUUUCCUGUACCGGAAGCACUGGAUCACGGGAAACAUACAUUACUAAUAAACAUCUUGACUGCCGUACUCGGUGCCAUGUUCUUUGUGGCUGCUAUUAUCGUGGUGAUGAUAUUCAAAAAGUUAAAACAGGAGAAGUUAAAAAAACAACUGGCUAUAGAAACCGCACGCGCAGUGAUUGUCACUCAUUGGACGAAGAAAGUAACCGUAGAGAAACCACUCAUGAGUGGAACACAGAAUAUUACUGAAGAGGGUUGUCUGAUGCCAGUAGUGAAGAUCGAAAAGCAAAAGCUAUCUCAAGUGCAGAAAAACACUGAGGCGAUGAUGAUGUCAGAAUACGAGUUACCCGUGGACAUAGAUUGGGAAGUGCCAAGGGAGUCACUGGCUUUGGGCAAGGUUUUGGGAGAGGGAGAGUUUGGGAAGGUCGUGAAGGCAGAUUGUUUGGGGAUACUGAAGCCCGGUGUUCAGUCUGUGGUCGCUGUCAAGAUGCUUAAAGAGGGUCACACAGACGCUGAAAUGAUGGCGCUAGUGUCUGAAAUGGAGAUGAUGAAGAUGAUAGGAAAGCAUGUGAACAUCAUCAACUUGUUAGGAUGCUGUACUCAAGAUGGACCUCUGUACGUCAUAGUGGAAUACGCUCCGAAUGGAAAUCUGAGAGAGUUUUUGAGGAACCACCGACCGGGAAACAGAUAUGAAUCACCAACCGAAGACCUGAAAGAUAAGAAAACGCUAACGCAGAAAGACUUGGUCUCUUUCUCUUAUCAAGUUGCAAGAGGAAUGGAGUAUUUAGCUUCUAGACGGUGUAUCCACCGUGACCUAGCAGCCCGUAAUGUGCUCGUGUCAGACGACUGUGUGCUAAAGAUAGCGGACUUCGGUUUAGCUAAGGACGUGCACAGCAACGACUAUUACCGGAAGAAGACUGAGGGCAGAUUGCCCGUGCGAUGGAUGGCGCCCGAGUCCUUGUACCACAAGGUGUUUACUACGCAGACUGAUGUCUGGUCCUUCGGUGUCCUCCUAUGGGAGAUAAUGACCCUCGGGGGUACCCCAUACCCCACAGUGGCGGGGCAAUACAUGUACCAGCAUCUCAGCGCGGGACAUCGCAUGGAAAAGCCACCAUGCUGUAGUCUGGAAAUUUACAUGUUGAUGCGGGAAUGCUGGUCAUUCUCUCCUGGCGAUAGACCGUCUUUCACUGAACUGGUGGAAGAUUUGGAUAAGAUCCUGACGGUGACAGCCAACCAGGAGUAUUUAGACCUGGGACUUCCACAACUUGACACUCCACCUUCCAGUUAUGACGGCUCCGGAGACGAAAGUGACAGUGAAUUUCCAUUUAUUAAAUAA